AUGCCCUCCCGCAACCCGGUCUCCCGGAGCCUCCUCAUGUCCGGCUACGCCUCCUCCGGGCGCCACGGGGACGCGCUCGCGCUGCUCAGGGCGGCCGACUUCGACCUCAACGAGUACGUUCUGUCGACCGCCCUGUCGGCCACGGCCCAGGUCCGGAGCUACGACAUGGGGAGGCAGUGCCAUGGGCAUGCCGUCAAGUCUGGGCUGGCGGAGCACCACUAUGUCUGCAACGCGUUGCUGCACAUGUACUGCCAGUGCGCUCACGUGGAGGAUGCGGUCAAGGUGUUUGAGAUUCUUGGGCAUUGUGCUAGCACCAAAGAGUUGCUGCUUGGUCGUCAAGUGCAUGCCCAGGCGUUGAAGAAGAGGCUCGAGCUGAAUGUGUAUGUGGGCAGUGCGCUGGUUGAUAUGUACGGGAAGUGUGAGUGUGCCUCUGAUGCUCAUUCCGCGUUUGAGGUUUUGCCAGAGAAGAAUGUUGUUUCUUGGACAGCUGUUAUGACUGCUUAUACCCAGAAUGAGCUGUUUGAAGAGGCAUUGCAGUUGUUCUUAGAUUUGGAAAUGGAAGGAAUUCGGCCAAAUCAGUUCACUUAUGCCGUGGCUCUCAACAGUUGUGCUGGUCUUGCAGCCUUGAAAAAUGGCAAUGCGCUUGGUGCCUCUGCUGUGAAAACUGGGCAUUGGGGUGCUCUGUCUGUCGGUAAUGCCCUCAUUAAUAUGUAUGCAAAAAGUGGCAGCAUUAGUGAUGCAUGCAGAGUCUUCCUUUCUAUGCCAUGUCGCGACGUGGUCUCGUGGAAUUCGAUCAUAAUAGGCUAUGCUCAUCAUGGCCUUGCAAGAGAAGCCAUGCGUGUGUUUCAUGAUAUGUUGUCUGCUGAAGAAUCCCCAUCCUAUGUGACCUUUGUUGGGGUGCUGUCAGCUUGUGCACAGUUGGGUCUUGUCGAUGAAGGAUUGUACUACUUGAACAUUAUGAUGAAGGAAAUGGGCAUAAAACCUGGAAGAGAACAUUACACUUGCAUGGUUGGUUUGCUCUGCAGAGCUGGACGGCUAGAUGAGGCGGAACAGUUCAUAUUGAGCAACUGUAUUGGCACUGACGUUGUUGCGUGGAAAUCGCUUUUAGGUUCUUGCCAGGUAUAUAAAAACUAUGGUCUGGGUCAUCGAGUAGCUGAGCAGAUCCUUGAGUUGAAACCCAAUGAUGUAGGAACCUAUGUUUUGCUUUCUAACAUGUAUGCAAAAGCAAACCGAUGGGAUGGCGUCGUGAAGGUCCGGAAGCUGAUGAGAGAGAGGGAUGUUAGGAAAGAGCCUGGUGUUAGUUGGAUUCAAGUAGGAAGUGAGGUCCAGGUUUUCACAUCAGACGACAAGAAUCACCCAUGGAUAAACCAGAUCACCAUAAAGCUCAGAGAGUUGAUAGACCAGAUCAAAACGAUCGGAUAUGCUCCGAAUUUUGCGGUUGUCCUACAUGAUGUUGAGGAUGAACAAAAGGAAGAACAUCUUAUGUAUCACAGUGAGAAAAUGGCCCUUGCGUUUGGCCUUAUCCACAGCCCCGAAGGAGCAACUAUCCGCAUAAUGAAAAAUCUCAGGAUAUGCGAUGAUUGCCAUGUUGCUAUCAAACUCAUCUCUCUUGUGACAAGAAGAAGAAUAGUUGUGAGGGAUACUGUUCGGUUUCAUUGUAUAGAGGAUGGAGUAUGCUCAUGUGAUGACUAUUGGUGA